AUGAGGUUCCUCGUCGCUCUGCUACUUGUGGUCCAGCUGGCCUCCGCCUUGUUCGGGCUUGGAGGGAAGUCAACCAAAAAGACGACCACCACCAAGCAAGUCGCUGCCACCACAACCAAGACGACGACGACGACCACCACCCAUGCAUUGACAACCACAACUACAACCACCACUGCUGCUUCUACCGCUACCACUACUUCAACUACGACUUCCACCACUACGGUUCAGCCUACCACCUCUUCGACCAAUGAUGUAACCUCGUCCACAACCUCAUCAACAUCCACCAGCACCACAGCCCUAACAUCCUCAACCACCACCAAACCCACCACCUCGACCGCAAUCAAGUCAACAACCACCAAGCCCGACCCCUCUACCAGCGUCACCACACACACCACCGACACCAACCUGCACUCGGCCUUCUCCGCCACCGUCCAGCCCGGAACAACCACCACACACACCGUCGCCCCUUCCGGGAGUGCAGCACACACCCUCACCUCCUCCAGAUCAACCAUAACCCCAGCAACCACUUUCUCCUCCGCCCACCUGUCCAUCACCUCCUCCUCGGCCAUCCCCUCCUCCUCCGCCUCCAUCGACACCGCCAUCUACGCGUACUACUCCUCGUUGAUCUCCCUUGCAUCCGUCUUUGACGAGGCCAGCGCCUGCGAGUACGUCGCGUCGUCUACUGCCGUGGCCGUUGCGGCUUCGAGUACUGCGUGAUCGGGGAUGGAAUGGAGAGGAGGCAUUCGCCAGAUGCAUUGUGGCCUUGAAAGACAAGGGUGUGUCAUUUCUCCUUUGUGAAUGUGACUUCUUUGUAUUCUUGACAUUUUCUUUGUUCCUGGUGGAUGUAAGAUACGAGAGCACGCUGGGGUUGUGUAGAAG